GGCUUGAGCUUCAGAAAGAAAAACGUCCUGGGAUACUCACAACUUUUUGGUUUUCAAACUUAGAAGGCUUUUGAAGUCUCUUGGGCCGUUUGAGAGUGUUGUUUCUUACUAUGACAUUUAGUCACCAGCAUUUAGGAAAGAAAAAAAAAAAAGCCUGUUUCAAAAAAGGCAUCCUCCCCAGUGUCCAUACAUUUGGGAAAUAAUGUAUUUGAUUUUAUUUUUUUUUUUGCAUGUAUGAUCAUGAACAUGAGAAACAGAAUUACUGUAGAAGAUGGCAAGGAGAGUGUCUAAUUAGAAGGAAUUGUAGUUUUCUACAGAAUAAACAUUGCUCAUCAAUACAAACCUGCUUUCAAAUCAAAUCAGACAUCCUCGGAGUUAUGUUCGGAAUGGCAGCUUCUAGACUUAAAUACUUUCAUUUUACUUAAUCCCCCCUCCCCCCAUUUCUAGAGAUUGAGUUUUCAAGGAGUUUUUCUAAGAUUUUAUGGCAACCUGGCCAGGGAGGGAGUCUGAGUCAAAGUUGUUUCAUCCAUGUGUUUGAGAAAACGGUCUCUUCAAGCCCCAGCUUUGAUGUCUUCAGCUUCAUGCCGUCCUAAACUACACCCCCAGCAAUUAGUGACAAUACCGAAGACCAGGAAGGCAAGCUGAAGACACCCGACUUCGCUUGAAGGGCAAACAGGAACUCCAAGCACCAUGUCAGUGGCAACAGAACGGUUGAACCUUUCCCAGAGGGAACACAGAUGGCUGUAUUUGGAAUGGGCUGCUUCUGGGGGGCCGAGCGCAAGUUCUGGCUCUUAAAAGGCGUGUAUUCAACCCAAGUGGGCUUUGCAGGAGGCUACACACGCAAUCCCACCUACAAAGAAGUCUGCUCAGAAAAAACUGGCCAUGCAGAAGUCGUCCGGGUUGUGUACCAGCCAGAGCACAUCAGCUUUGAGGAACUGCUCAAGGUCUUCUGGGAGAAUCACGACCCGACCCAAGGUAUGCGCCAAGGCAAUGACUAUGGCACCCAGUACCGAUCGGCAGUCUAUCCCACCUCCAAUGCACAGAUGGAAGCAGCCCUGAGAUCCAAGGAGGAAUACCAGAAGGUUCUUGCCAAAAAUGGCUUUGGCCCCAUCACCACUGACAUCCGAGAGGGCCAGGAGUUCUACUAUGCCGAGGACUACCACCAGCAGUACCUGAGCAAGAACCCAGAUGGCUACUGUGGCCUUGGGGGCACUGGAGUGUCCUGCCCAAUGGCCAUUAAAAAAUAAUUUCUCUCCACGAAGUUGGCCCUGGAGGUUCCAGCAAAACCAUGGUUGCUGGAUGGAGUGGCACUGCUGUGAUUCACAUCAGUUGAUUUCCAAAGAGCCCACAUCACACGGGCAUUUACAUGAAUCUGGUUGUCACUGGGGUCUGAUUUAGCGGAAGGGCUAUGACAAGCUGAUAAAUUGUAAUUUGUCUUCUGAUCAGUCUGGGUGGGGGUUGAGCAUGACAUUUUAGUGGAUCAUUUGGGAUCUAAAUGGAGAUAAUGAAUGCCCUGUGUCCACCUGCUUGGGCUUGAAGGGAUGCUAAGGGUUCUGAAGCAGGGAGAUGGUUGGGAGGGCAGGGGGUACUGGGACUCCUUGGUCUUUGCUGACAUACCUCACCCCACUCCCCUGCCCUCAGGUGCCUAAUUCAUUAAUGUCUACAGGCUCUAUGAAUCAUUUGCUGAAACGCUUUGCUCCACUGACCCUAGACGUAUGUAAGGGGUUUCUCUCCCUCCUCCAUCUUCUCUCUGGUAGAGAAAAGACAUGAGUGACCUUAAUGAAUUCUAACAUUCUGCUUACAGCUAUGAAAAAGCUUGUUCUAAUAAAAAUCUGCAGUUGGUAAUAGCAA